CAUUCAAGUGUGUUCAUCUUCUCAACUCAUGGUUGCUGGUGUGUGAAUCGAAUGAAUUUUGUUUUUUAAAUUGAAUUUUCUUGUGUUUACCACUUGUCUGUGAUUUUCGUUCAAAAAAAACUUCGAUUCGGAUUGUUUUCGCAUAGAAUCGAAUAAACAUAUAAACAUUAUGAAAAUAUUAUCAAUCAUAGUGGUGAUUUUGGCAAUCACACACAACAACAAUGCUUUCAUGUUUGAUGAUGAGGUGAAUGGUGUGCAAUCUGGCAGCGUCAUCAUCUAUCCACGCGCUAUUGGACCGCAAAUUCCUGUUUCAUCGCAGCAACAACAACAUAUUGAUACAUUCGAUGACCCACUAGAAGCCAAAGAAUCGGUCACUAUAACCGAUACUGUUCCGGCACCAUCGGCGGCUGUUGAGUCUACAGCUGAAACCACAGAAUCAUCAACAACAACUGUCCAACCAUCAUCAUCGGCAACCGCCGAUGAAACUGAGACAACAGCUCCAUCUACUACGGUGGAAGCAACUACUGUCGAACCAACAACCGCACAACCAGCCGAUCUUGAAUUACCGGCCAGUGCUAGCGCACCAACAUCAGUUUAUGUUGCACGACCUUCCGAAUCCUCUGCUCGAAUUCCUGCAGGUGCAGUACCAGCCAUUCCAAGACCAGCUAUCAAUCGAGUAUGGCAUUUCAAUAAUCGCGGUGUUAACAGCGAUGCUGCAUGGUCAAGAUCGAAUCAAGAUUCCGAAGCAAUCGAAUCAAGUCCCUCGCCAGUAUAUGCAACUGCACGAAGUUCACCAAAUCGUCCUGUUUUCGCGCGAAAACCAGUGUUCGCUGCUGAGCCACCAGCUGCCGCUAAUAGUCUUACUGAUGAUGGUGAUCUAGCUGUUGGCGAAUAUGCAGCCACCAAUAAUCAACGAAAUCUUUACUAUCCGGAUAUUAAUCGAAUUAAUUCACCAGUAGCAGCUGCUGCUUCUGCUUCCGCCUCCAGCUCAGCUUCAGCAUCGGCGUCAUCAUCGUCAUCAUCUUCAUCUUCAUCGGAUAAUGCUUUUCAAACAUCGGCUUCAAGCAUCAAUGCUGCUUAUGGAACAAAAGGAGGUGAUUAUCAAGUUGAGCAAUCUCCAUUCUUAGGAAAUACCUGGCAACCAUCAUUCGUACCAUCAUCGCCAGUAAAAGCCGUACGUAAAGUAGUAAAAUCCUCGAAAACAUUCCAACAACAGCAAGAUGACCAAAGCCAAGGGUUCCAUUCAAGUCAACAUCCAUAUCGAGUGCGCGUUGUUGUGCAGCCCAACGUUAAAGCUCCAGUACAAAAUGUUCAAACCAAUUACUUUGAGCGUAUACAAGAUUCACGAUCGAACGCUGCCGCUUCAUCAUCUUCUAGCUACAGCAAAACUAAUCAGAUUGCAGAUCAAAAAGAAUAUGUUCAGGUCAAUACCAAAAUCGGUACUAAAACACCACCACCAGCUCCAAUUAAAGCCCGACCACCACCACCACCGCCACCGACAAAAGCUGCCAUUAAAACACCACCACGACCAGCUCCAAUUCGUCAAGCAGUGAAAACACCACCUCCGCCACCACGCGCUGCUAUUCGUGCUCCAGUUUUCGAACAAGAAUAUGAACAACAACACAUCGAAGAACAUAACCCUGAACCGGAACCCUAUAGUUUUAAUUUCAAUGUCAACGAUGAUUCCGGUAAUGGACAAUUUCGACGCGAAGAAGGCGAUCGUAAUGGUGUAGUUCGUGGUUCAUAUGGUUAUACCGAUGCCUGGGGUCUUUAUCGAAUUGUCGAUUAUGUGGCCGAUAAAAACGGAUUCAGAGCCAAUAUUCGCACUAACGAACCUGGAUUAGUGGAACGUAAUCCGGUUACCAAUCAAGUAGAUAAUCCUGCCCACAUACAAGUGUCGGCCGAAGAUACACCUGCUAAAGUUGUGGAAUUGAUGCGUCUAAAGAAGCCCCAAAAUUCGUUAAUUUAAAUAUGAUAUUUAAUCAAAUCCAAUCAACAAAACAAUCGUAUUUCGACCUUCACACCUACAUUAUCAACACAACACCUACACACCCCCACACACUCACAUACGCAUUCAUGCAAUAUAUGUGUGCCAAACAAACAAACAACCAUACAAAUGCUGCCAAAUUCAAUACAACAUGCCUUCCCUUUUAUCGUGUGUUUU